GUACUUUGUAGCAAACAUUGUUUCAGAGCGAGAGAGAGAGAGAGAUGGGGGUGUCGAAGGAGCAAGUCGAAGCUUCCUUGACUUCGAAACUCAAGCCUGUUCAUCUCGAAGUCAUUGACAUAUCUGGAGGUUGCGGUGCGAGUUUUGAAGUCGAGGUUGUCUCUGAACAAUUCGAAGGGAAGAGAUUGCUGGAGAGGCACCGUAUGGUGAAUGCUGCACUUGAAGAAGAAAUGAAGGAGAUUCAUGCUCUCUCCAUAAAGAAAGCUCAGACUCCACACCAAUGGAAGCCAUCACCAGACUCUGCAACUCAAACCAAAGAUGCUUGAAACUCUGUUUUUAAGGCCUUGUGACAAAGAACAGAGCAUGACCAUGUUUGAUACUUUGUGGUUACUUGCAAAUUUAUUUGACUAUUACAAUAUAGACACAGUGCCGCUUUGAUCA